AGUUAGGGCACUCCACAUAAUCGGCUCGACCGACCACCAGUGGAUUCCUUAACCACAACACACCCAAAUCCCACUCCACACCACUCGAUCCCCGCAAUGCCCCGCCCACACAACCGCACCGAAGCCCUCGCGCGGCUUCAGACGACCAUCUCGAGCGGCAAAGCCAUUCUCGGGGCCGGCGCCGGCAUCGGGCUGACCGCGAAAUGCCUCGAAGCGGCGGGGACCGACCUGAUAAUAAUCUACAACUCUGGGCGGUUCCGGAUGGCAGGUUGCGGGUCGCUCGCCGGACUGCUCCCGUACGGCGACGCGAACGCAAUCCUGCUCAGCAUGGCGUCCGAAGUCCUCCCGAUCGUGGCGCACACGCCCGUUCUCGCCGGCGUCUGCGGCACGGACCCGUUCAGGGACAUUCCGAGCUUCCUGCGCCAGCUCAGGGAGAUGGGGUUCUGUGGAGUGCAGAAUUUUCCCACUGUGGGGCUGUAUGAUGGCCGCUUCAGGCUGAAUCUCGAGGAGACGGGAAUGGGCUUCGCGGGCGAGGUAGAGAUGAUCGCUGAGGCCCACCGCCUGGGAUUGUUGACUGCCCCGUAUGUGUUUACGCCUGAGGAGGCGGUCAUGAUGGCGGAGGCGGGGGCGGACAUCGUCGUCAUUCAUCUGGGACUCACGACGAAGGGGAAGAUCGGUGCGACUUCGGCGCUGAGGCUCGAGGAGUGCGUGGCUGUGGUGCAGGAGAUGGCGGAUGCUGUGAGGGCGGUUGUCAGGGAGGCACAGGAUGAGGCUAUCGUGUUGGUUCAUGGAGGGCCGGUGGCGGAUAUUAAAGACGCCGAGUUCGUGCUGAAUAGGACGACGGGUGUGAAGGGGUUCUUUGGUGCGAGCAGCUUGGAGAGGUUGCCGGUUGAGAUUGCGGUGGAGCAGACGGCAAGGGGGUUCAAGAACAUUGAUAUUAAGCAGUAGAAAUGGCGGCAAGAAGUCAAGCUGUAUGUACACUCAUACUCCAAUUUCGUGUAGUCACUAUGAUGGUCUUGUGUCAAUGGGCGAUAAUAAAAUCACCAGAACGCCUUGCGACUC